UAGAAGGAGGGUGGCGCAUGCGCGUUCGGCCGACGCCAUCUCUAACUACUGUGCGUACUUAUUCCUAGAGUGAAAUGAAUGCUAACUCGUGUUAAAAAGUGUAAUUUAUCAUGUAAUUAUAUCGCCGCCGGUGAGAUAAAGUGACACCACAUAGUGUUUAACCUACGCAGUGCAAGCGUAAUAAAAUCACGGUCGUAAAUUUGCGGAAGUUUCUUAGCUAUACCAACGCAUAUUUUUUGCGGCCGUCUCCGCGGCCACCGCAUACAUCGGGCUACUUGAUGGGCCUUUGUCGCCGGAGUGGCUAGUGGUAAUUUACUGCCUUAUUAUCAACCGACGCCGCCGUAGAAAGCGUGCUAAGCGAGCCAAACGCGUUACGCGCCUAUCGGCCGGGCUGAGUUCGAUUACGUACGAUUGUUGUGGGUCAAAGACUCCGCGGUGUUGGCGCGCGUCUACGACAGUUCUACAGCUCAUCGCUUAUGUUUCAGAUUUUACGCUUCGUGUUCGUGUGAGUGUUCGCGUGAUAUGAAUUCUGUAAAGCCCGUUUUGCCCCAGCCUGGGGCGCCGGGUGUGCAGACGAGUCCCGCGAAGGCGACUGUCGCCGGCGGCGGAUUGGGCGCGGGCGGGAACUUGCCCAACCUUGGGGGCAGCCUUGUCGGGCAGAACCUGACGCAGCCCGCAGCCGUGCCACAGCCGCUGGCGCCGCCAGCUCAGCCCCUCGCACACGCCGUGCCUUCCAUGGCGCCGGUCUCCGCAAACAUGGCGCAAAUGGCUCAAAAUAUGAGCCACCACGGUAAUUUAUCGCACGUCACUCAGAACUCUGUUCCACCCGUGGCCACCAGUCCUGCCAAGACGCCUGCCAGUGCUCCAUUGAGUCUUGUCCAAGACAAACCUCCAGCACCAGUCCCUUCUCAGCCCUUAGCAUUGACACGAACUCCAGAGAAAAAGGAACCUGACUCAACUGUCCCACCGGCACAGUCAAAUGGCACAGUUGAUUCUCCAAAAUCAGCUGCAAAUGUCCCCACCACUUUGAAACCACAAAAUCCUGAACCAAGUAAAUAUAUUGAUAUUGCUAAAACAUCACCAAGUACACCAAAACCCCCUGAGAAACCUUCAAGUACUCCCAGUACUCCUCAAAAGGCUGAAUCUGCCAAUGCUAGCCAAGCGGCCGACCCUGCUCUGCCUAAAGUGGCCACUGCCAAUGAGGCUCCAGAGAAAUCCCCAGCCAAACCAACUGAACCCAAGCCUGCACCAACAGCUGAUGUUGCACCAUCCCAAAGCGACAGUAAGCCUGUUCCAGAAUCGGCUAAAGACAGUCCGUGCCCUGAAAAGGCCCCAACUCCACAAAAACCAGAACCUCCAGCCCAACCGGCAGCCGGAAGUGCCAAGGUACAAAAUGAUGUAAAACCUGAAGAGAAAAAACCAGAGUCUGAACCGGAAAAGCCAGCAGCAAAAUCAGUCGAACAACCAGCUAAACCAGAAGAGGCACCUAAAAAGCCAGAAACUCCUAAAAAGGAGGAGAAGCCAAUAGAAACUGCUGAAAAGCCAGUUGAAAAAGUUGAAGAGAAAAAACCAGAAAAACCAGAGAUAAAAAUCCCUGCUAAACCUGAACCAAAACCUGCUCCAAAGUCUACUCUGAAGCUUGCAACAGUCACACCACCAAUGAGGAAGAGAAGGCAUGCAAGCCCAACCAAGUCAACUGAUAGCCCCAGUGCAGCUAAGAAACCUGCUGAUGAUCCUUCUACACCUGACUCUCGGUCUAAGAGGAAUAGGAAAUCGGUGCAACUAUACCAGUCACCGACUCCUGAGAUCGCCAUGGCAACCAAGCUGUCCGCCUCUGCUGGCAGAUCAACCCCAACUAAACCCAAUGAUGACAAACUUAUUGUGUUUUACAAAAACGAAUACCUAGCGGUCCGAAACGCCGAAGGUGGUUUUUAUGUCUGCCAGGCCACGCAGAAUGUGUACCGCACCACACGCAAGAUCAAAAUCCGCUGGCUGUCUCAGGACAAGACUGCGGACCCGUCCGGGGAGACUUACAAACCGGAUUUUUAUGACGUCACUGACAUGGAGUGCGUAUUAACAACGUUGUCCCUGGCACGAGCGCCAGGCGGCGGCGGCGCGCAGAUCCUCAAGCCGGCCGAGCAGGCGCGGGCCCGCUCCAUACUGGAGCGCGCGCUGCAGGCCGAGCAGGGCGACGCCAAGCCCGCCGUCACCGAGGAGCACCCGGACGGCUUGGACCUGUCCCUGUACAAGGACGAGUCGCAGCUGGACAAGAAGUCGCGCAAGCGCAGCGCGUCCAAGUCCUCCCCCGGCAAGCCUUCCCCCCGCAAGUCCUCCCCGCGCCAAGCCGCCGAUACACAAAAGGAAGUACCGACGCCGGUAAAAAAGGCGCGUACCACACCAAAGCGCAGUCCCAAGCGCAAAUCCAAAGCGACACCGCAAAAACCACAAACCAAACGAAAAUCGGCAGGUACCACGCCCAUAGUGGCGACGGCAAGCAAGACGGCCACGGCGGUAACGGAAAAGGCAAAGGUUAAGACGCCGAAAAGGACGCCGGCCAAACAAAAGGAGACGCCGCCGCCGGCCACGCCCACGAGGGGGAGGCGGUCACUUGUGAAAGACACUCUGCCCUCGCCCGCGGCGCCCGCGCCGUCGACGUCGAGCGGCCAGCAGGCGGCGCGCGCGCCGCGGAAGCCCCCCGCGAAGAAAUAAUACGAGACGCUCCGCGGCGCCUCGCUGCGCGGGACCGCACGCCGAGCGCGGUGAGGACCUCUAGUGAAUAUUUAAACCGCUUUUACAGACUAUUUGACUACACUAGAAAUUUAUUUGAGAUGUUUGUUUUCUAACUGAAUGAAUUGUUGAAUUUUAAUGUUAUACCUCCUCCAUGUCAUCAAAAUGUACGAUCUCGCAAACAUGAAAUGUCGAAUUGUGAAUAAACUGUUCUUGUUUGGAUGAAGGAACAUGUGACAAUGCCUCACGCCGAAUUAUUACAAUUAUGAUAAAAUUGAUAGCAAUAAUGUAAAUUAGUACAGUGAUCGACGAACACCUAAGUGGACCAGACUUGACACAAUCACUGCCAGCGCGAGCUAUGGGCUACGUUCCUAGCCGAUAACACGCUUUUCGGUAUAAAGCGAACAGAGAACCUGACUGAUAUUGAAUGUGUUAUAUUAUAAACCAUGGGCCCAUAUAACCCGACAGAUUUUAAAGGUAUAUUCUUGACCGCAUUUUGCGACUUGUGUUAAGAAAACACACACAUACACAAACAACAACAAAAAUCAUAUAACAUUAACAACCCUCCUACACCUAUAACUCCUUAUAACCUCGGGGAUGCGUAGUUAUAAUCUGUCGGGUUAUAUGAGCCCACGGUGUAUAUACGACAUUUGGUCGAAUAUUAGAUAAACCUGGCAGGCUAUGUUAAGUUGACAUUUAUUUUGUACGUCUUAUUUUAAUUGUUCUAUCAGACUUGUCUUUAGAUAUAAAAGUGUAUUGCGGUUUUUAUCGUCACGGAAGACUCACUAGUUGUCAAUUGUCUCUACUCUUCUCGUUUUAAUGCAAUCAUUGAAGCCAGUCGAGUAGACAAAUGUUAUCAAACGUAUCGCCCUCGUGGUAAGGUCGUAACAUUGUGUCUUAGAAGAUAUUUAUUUUUACAACAUGGACUUGCAUAAUAAUGUUUUACAUUUAUAUUGUUUUUUUUUUUUAUUGUAACUGGACUCUAUUCGCUUUAGCAUUUUGACAGAUGGUUAAAUCAUGUUCCAAAUUGGAAUACUAUUGCUAAUAGUUCUAAUGUUCUCUUGUUUUGUACUUAUAGGUGUAAGGAAAUCCGUUAGAUGUGCACCUGAUAUCAUCUCUCGUCAUAGCAAAUAAAUAAACUAUAUAACACUGUCAAAAUGCAAUUCUGUGAACAUUUAUUUAGUCAUAAAUUGUAUGCCUAGUUAAAGGAGGGAAGCUAGGCAUGACAAUAAUUGGCUUGCUCAAGAGAAUCCAUCUUAUUUUACAUAUCUAAAACAGGAUGGAUGAUUUAACCCUUUGACCACCAAAUACGUCAACUGAUGCGCGCUUCUACAUCCCAAUAUUAUCCUUCGUGCAUUCCGACAAGGUUCUCGAUGACGCGCCGCACACGAUAGGCGUUCAGAGGGUUAAGUCACGCAAAAAAUAGCAUCCUUUAUGUGCAUAUUUAUGAGAUGUUUUUAUUUUAUUGACUUUUUGAUGAUGAAGUACAGUAAUCAUGAAGCACAAGAAUGAUCAGGAAUAUUGUUAUAUUAUAGGGAAAUGCUAAGUGGAAGUAAAUUAUAAUUAUGUACUUUCUUUUAUACACUUUUGUGUAUGAUUCAGUUAUUGGUCAGGGGCCUACUAAUGUAAAAUGCCCGGUAUAUAUUAGAAUUCGUGUCAACGAAAGGCCACGUUAUAUCUUUUCAAUAAGUGAUCGACUGUAAGAAUAAUGUUUCUUUGUUACAAUAAAAUAUGGGAAAUCAUGAA